GGACUGGGCCUACGACCCCAGCUACGAGGAGGCGAACCAGUGCCCGAAGCAGCCCAAGGUCAAGCCGAAGGGCCCGCUCUGGAAGUGCGCCCACUGCGGAUGUGGGAAGAGCACCGAGGCAAUGCAGCACUGCAAACAUUGCGGCGAGGUCAAGUCUGAAGCGGCCUCCAACGCCCUUGCGAUCCUGGGCAGUGGCCAGCGACAUGCGAGGCCAGGCAUCCUGCGGGAGCGGUCUGCCACCCCAGGAGCUGAGCACGGAGGACGGGGACUUGACCGUGAUGCUGCAGGAGCUCGGACGCGAUCAGUGUCGUUUGCGGACUCACCCAGGGCGGCCCCGAAUGUCACGGAGAGCGAGCUCAAGCAACUCAUCGUUCUCACCGAGAGAGCAGGAGACGCUGAAGGCAGCAGAAGGUAUAAGGAGCAGCUCCGCAAGACGCAGGAGAGCUGCGUGGUCCCGCCGCUGCAGGAGCGCGCCUCCGCCUUGCACUCGCAGAUCCUGCAGUUCGAGCGCAUCAUGGGGACGGAGCUGGACAAGUUGGAUCGCAUCAACUACCAGGCCUCGUUGCAGCGCCAGACGGUCCAGGAGGUGCGCGAAGCCUUGGACGAGGGAGGUAUCUCAUUGGCCAAAGGUGGACCAGCGAAGAUCCCAAUCUCCAAGGUCGUGGACGGCGCUGCUGAGGCGGUCGAGCUGUUCGACGUCGACGAGUUCUUCAAUAUCGAUGAGUACGCCCUCACCGACGAUGACAAGAAGGAGCUGGCCGAGAGAAAGGCGGCGCUCAACCUGCAG